CAGGUGAACCUGAAUUUAAGUACGUUGGAAACAUGCAUGGAAAUGAAGCUGUGGGCAGAGAACUUCUUAUUUAUUUGGCCCAGUAUCUCUGCAAUGAAUAUCAGAAAGGCAAUGAAACAAUUAUCAAUCUGAUCCACAAUACUCGCAUACACAUAAUGCCUUCGAUGAAUCCUGAUGGGUUUGAAAAAGCCGCACAGCAGCCUGGUGAUAUUAAAGACUGGUUUGUGGGUCGCAGCAAUGGCCAAGGUAUAGAUCUGAACAGAAAUUUCCCUGAUUUGGAUCGUAUCGUGUACAUCAAUGAAAGAGAAGGAGGAAACAAUCAUCACUUAAUGCAGAACCUGAAGAAGUCAGUCGAUCAAAGCACCAAGCUUGCCCCUGAAACCAAAGCUGUCAUUCACUGGAUUAUGGAUAUUCCAUUUGUUCUUUCUGCUAAUCUACAUGGAGGCGAUCUUGUUGCUAAUUAUCCUUAUGACAAGACCCGCACUGGCACUUCUCAUGAAUACAGUGCUUGCCCUGAUGACAAAGUUUUCCAAAAUUUGGCCCGUACUUAUUCUUCUCUCAACCCAGUUAUGUCUGACACUAAUCGGCAACCAUGUCGCAGGAAUGACGAUGAAAGCAGUUUUUGUGGAUGGGACAACAAAUGGUGCUGCAUGGUACAGUGUUCCUGGAGGUAUGCAGGAUUUCAAUUAUUUAAGCAGUAACUGUUUUGAGAUAACAGUGGAGUUGAGCUGUGACAAGUUUCCACCUGAAGAACUACUAAAGAAUUACUGGGAAGAAAACAAGGACUCUUUAGUGAAUUACGUUAAGCAGGUGCAUCGUGGCGUGAAAGGAUUUGUCAAGGACCAUCAGGGAAAUCCCAUUGCUAAUGCAACAAUAUCCAUAGACGGGAUCAACCAUGACAUAAUCACAGCUAAGGACGGUGAUUACUGGAGGCUGCUUUUACCUGGAAACUACAAAGUCACAGCUUCAGCUCCUGGUUUUCUGGCAAUCACUAAGAAAGUAGCUGUUGGUUAUAGUCCUGCUACCAAGAUUGAUUUUGAUUUGGAGUCCUUAUCAGAAAGAAAAGAAGAGGAAAAGGAAGAGCUGAUGGAAUGGUGGAAAAUGAUGUCCCAGACUUUGAAUUUUUAA